UGAGUUUUCCACAAAAUAAAGUCAAAUAUUAAUUUGAAAAUAAUUGCAAGUAUUCAAGCAUUAUUAUCCUAUGGAAAAUGUUAAGGGCGGAGCCAAAACGCCAUUUUAUUUCAUAGCAUAUCUCUUAUUGGCCGCUGGUGGUGGAAUAACAAAGAUACAUAAAGGGGAUGAUUUUGUCACACACAAAGACGUAACACAUCACAAGGCCAUCAUAGUAUAUAAGAUGCUGGACAAUAUUUCAAAGGUAACAGUUUCCAAUUGGAAUUGGAAGAGCAAACACAUAUAAUUUCCUAUCCUGGUUUUGGGAAAACAGAAAAAUUAAACACAACAAAGAAGAUUUUUUAAAGGAUUAAUACUACAAGAGAGCACGACACAACAUAUUGGCCACCGUCGACAUGGUUUACGAUAUGACACAAAAUCACUUGGUACCGCCACAAAACAUAGCCGUCGGACGUUACUAUUUACAGGAUCUCCAUAAUGUGGAAAAUCAGGACUAUGCUGCUUUUGACUUUGACAAAAGAUAUCAGGCCAGAAUGGCUUGUGAAACACCACCUCCAUCACAGACAUUGCCACAACCUACACCUACACCGGCACCCAGGCGAAGGACACAGCCCAUUACCCAUUUGGACCCUUCCGAAUUAGUGGGACUUUCCCGCGAAGAACGCCGUCGACGUAGACGAGCGACUCUAAAAUAUAGGACUGCCCAUGCGACAAGAGAACGCAUUAGAGUGGAAGCAUUCAACGUUUCCUUUGCUGAACUUCGAAAACUUUUACCCACUUUGCCGCCAGACAAGAAACUAUCAAAGAUUGAAAUAUUAAAGCUAGCCAUUUGUUAUAUUGCUUACCUCAAUCAUGUGCUGGAGACACCUUGAAAUGUACAACAGCCCACAAUGGAUUAAUUUUUUCCGUAUUUAUUUGCAGUGAAUAAGUGCAAGUACCCAUAGAAUUUUAUGUUAAUUAUUAAUUUAUUAAAAGACGACCUCGUUAUGUGAUAUAUGCAAUAAUAGUUUGAAAAAAAUAAACCCUUAAAUUUUCAAGCGGGUUUGGCAAUAAA